CACUCAAUAAAGAAUCGAAGACACAAGUUCAGGUAUCUACCACAAAGAAGGACAAUGGUGAUGGAGUCAGAUGUUCAACGAGAAGAAGAAGAAGAAGAGAAAGCAAAACAAGUCUCCAAAGAAGGAAAUGCCUCAUCUUCAACUCCAUUGGAGGUGUCUGCUACUGAAUCAGAGGGCUCUAUCAAAGGAAAUGUUCAUCCACCCUUCAACAAACAGACUAUUCACAACGUUGAUGAUCUUCUCUCAAAAUCAAAAUUUGGAGGAGUAGUGCCAUGCUUAUCUGAGAGAGCUUUAACCAACCGAAGAAAUGAGUACCCAAUACCUAACAUAGCCACAGUUGUUGAAUUCCAUAGGUCGGUACAUUGUCUGUUUCAUAUGGGGUUAACUCAGAGCGAUAUCGAACGCGGCAGGCUCUCCAUUCCUUUCCAAACAGCAGAAUUGCAUUUCCCUUCGACGAAUGGUGUAUCAAAUUAUGAGAACCAGAUUGUAAUUUGCGACAUUAGACACGACAAUUGGUACAUGACACUCACCUACAAUGCUCGGGAAAGUAGUGCCUUCAAGUUUGCGAUCACAAGCGGGUGGCAAGGGUUUGUUGAUUGCUACGGUUUAAAAGCUAUGGAUGUGAUUCGCUUCUACAAACCAUUCAAAAGAUUACACUCCAGGCAUUUCCUGAUUGAUUAUGUUAAAGCAGAAGAAAAUGCUGUUUUACCUUCUCAGAAUUCGUGCAUGAAGCAAGGCUGUGAUGAGGCUCGCGAUGAUGCUAUCUUGGAAUCAAAUUUUGGAGCCUCAUGCUCGUCUGAGAGGACCAACGAGGAGGUACAAGACCCAGAAAGUGAAUCCCAUAGGAGAAUUUUUCUCUUUGAGUUGCAGUUAAUGCUUAACGAUGUUGAACAAGGCAUGCUCUUCAUUCCUGAGCAAAGAGCAGCAAAGCAUUUCCCUCCUCUACUGACUCAUAUACCUUAUUAUAAUUACGAGCACCAGAUUGAAGUUUCCGACACUCAAAACCAGAAUUGGAAAAUGACUAUCGUCUACAAUAGCUUGUUACGUGCCUUCAUCAUUGUAAGAGGGUGGCACAGGUUUGUUGUUAGCCAUGGUUUGGAGUUCAUGGAUGUGAUUUGCUUCUACAAAACUCUCUUGCGUUUACAAGACAAGCAUUUCAUAAUCGAACAUGUCAAAAGAGGGGAAGCUGAGACAGACAACAACCCUCCUGAAUUCAAGCUGGAAAAUUUUCUGUUUGAGCUGCAAUUGACCUCAGGCUAUGUCAGUGACAACUGGCUCAAACUUCCCAAGGAAGAAGUGAGAAAUCAUUUCCCUGCAAUUGAGAUCCCACCUGGAAUAAGACUGAACUUUACUGAUGCUCGAAACAAGCAUUAG